AGCUGGGUCGCUAUUGUUGGCGCCUUUGAAAAGUUUUAUUGAAUUUUCUUUGUGAUAAUUUUUGUGCAAAUUCAAAAUGGCGCAGAUGAAUAUGGCAGCCAUGAUUGAACCAUAUCGCAGGAGUUCUUCUUUCGCUAACUGGGUUGAACGAUUGGGAUACUUUUUUGACAUGAACAAUGUGAAAGAGCAAGCAAAAAAGCUCAUUUUAUUACCUUGAGUGGGCCAAUUGUAUUUUCCGAAUUGAAGCUGCUGUUUCCCACGACUAAUUUGUCGGAUGUAUCCUAUGAGACAAUGAUUGAUAAGCUUAAGUCUCGCUUUGAUAAGAAGGAAUCUGAACUGAUUCAAAGGUACAAGUUUAAUAAUAGAAAGCAAAACCCGGGAGAAUCUGCUGAAGAUUUUGUUCUGGCAGUAAAGCUCCAGGCAGAAUUCUGUAAUUUUGGGACCUUUAAAGAGGCAGCAUCCCGAGAGCGUAUUGUAGCUGGGUUACGGGAUGUACAAUUGCAAAAAACAUUACUAAAUGAGUCAAAAUUGACAUUAGAUUCCGCUGAAAAAAUAAUAGCGAGUUGGGAAUUAGCUGGGAAUAAUGCGAAAACUCUGGGUAUUGGUGCUGGUGAUGAACAAAUUGCUGCACUAAAGCAAUCGGAAAGCAGGAAAUGUGGGUCUGCUUUAGAAAAACUUGCUGUUACAUAUGACAGAGCUAGAAAUCUGAACCAGAGCCCUCAAGCAGGGGGAAGCAGAGGUUCCAUAAAAAGCCGUUUAUGGUACAAGCCCUAUAAUACCCAUAGUCAUGCUGGGCCGAGAGAAGGCAGAUCUUGGGAAAAGCAUGUGCGAUUCCAACCAGCUGACUAUAGAAGAAGUCGAGAUGAGCAGCGGUAUGAAACCCGUUCUUGCGAUUUUUGUGGAAAAAGAGGACAUCUUAAGCGCAAAUGUUUUAAAUUAAAAAGUCUUAGGAAAGAUGCAGUAAACUCUGUGAUUUCAGCGGGGCCAGAAGUGAACAGCCUAGGUGAUCUUUUUCACAGGAUGAGGACGGAAACAGACAGCAACGACGAGAAGGACUUUUCAGGUGAACUUCAAUGCAUGCAUGUUUCUUCUAUUAACAAUAUUAGCAAUCCUUGUUUAAUUGAAAUGGAAGUGGAAGGUAAACCACUGACAAUGGAAGUAGAUUGUGGGUCUUCCGUUACAGUUAUAGGGAAAGAACAAUAUUUGUCGUCUUUUAGUAUUCCCUUAUUAAAUUCUUCCAAACAGUUGAUUGUUGUCAAUGGGGCCAAGCUGAAGAUUGAGGGUGAAGCAAAUGUUAAAGUUAAAUUGAGGGAAAAAGAAGCAAUUUUAAAGCUGUUAGUACUAAAUUGUACUAAUGCGUUCAUUCCUUUGCUCGGACGCCCAUGGCAGAGGAAUCUGCUGACGUUUAACUGCCAAGGAAUUAGCGUACAGGUGCCGCAGAGCCCUGUGAACCCUCGGGUAUUGUGCCCUAAACGUAAAGGAGGGCCCUUCUCGGUGAAUCCAAUACGGUAUCGUCCGUGGCCCAUUGAUCGAGCCAAAGAAGGAAGACGCCGUAAAGUUCCAUUCCCGCCACGCCACCCAUCCGCCGUUACAAUCGACUGGAGCCUUUGCGACCCCCGCAAAUCGGGACGCCAUAGCUGUACCACCAGCACCAACAGCAAACCCAACGAACUGCGAGCAUCGCCGGAAUCACCAGCGAGCGCUCGCCAUCAGCGAACACCACGAGCAGCCCAGCAUCGGUACGUACCGCAGCAGAAAGCGAACUUGAAACCUACAAUAGCCCAAUAA